AUGUCGUCAAACGGCUUUACUUGUCAGCGCUGUCAUCAGCCGCUCAUACUCGAUGCUUCCCUAGAGAAGGUAACCUCGGGGCAGAAGCAAGCUCUCCUUGACGCAUCGAGAGCUAGCACAUCUUCCAUCUCUUCGACUCGGCGUGACUUUGACCGGAUCCCUGGUCCUCGUGAAAGCAAAGAAGCCUACCUGCAGGCGCAAAAGUCUACGGAUAGCUCGCCCAGAGCUCGAAUCGGUCCUGCAGAAUCGUUCAUACUGCUCAGCCAGAGCCAGGUAGGAAGUGCUCCUCGUCCAAAUCCAGGGACCUCGGAGCAUCACAUUCCAGUAGCUUCAUCUGUCAACGUUUCGUCAACAGAAACCGUCGAGCGACUGCUGUACGCCCUCUCGUCUUCGACAGGCAUAGAUCAUCCCCUAUGUUCUAGCUGCGCUUCGGUCCUUCAACGAAUCCUGCAGGACAAAUUGGAAGACGUGCAGAAGGAACGAGACGCCUACAUAUCCUUUGAGCGGGAAUGGCAGGCUACGAAAAAGGCCGAGAAAGAAGCCGCUCCCGAUGGCGUAGUGGAGUCGGACGCUGAGGUCUGUGCAAAGCUGGGAAAGAAGAACAAACAGCUCGAGGAGGAUGCGUUGCGGUUGAUACAAGAGCUCAAAGAAGAAGAGAACGAAGAGAGGUUGUUGGAUGCCGAACUACUGAAAGUCCAGCAAGAGGAGGAGGCGCUAGAACGGCAGGAAAUAGAGUUCCUACAAAACCGCCAGCUCAUGCAAGCGCGAGCCGCCGAGCUGGAAUCACAGUUACGGACAGAGACGACUCUACACCUAUUGGCAUCCCAAACUCUCCGCAAACUGGAAAGCACGAACGUCUACAACGACGUUUUCCAGAUCGGACAUGUUCCUCUCGGAGACUCUCACUCGUCCCAUCGACCUAACGCGCCUCAUUCGAGCUCUGCAGGGGACAAGUGGGCUUCUGCCGUUUCAAGUGGCACGAGUCAGACGGUGGGCACGAUCAAUGGGUUACGUUUGGGAGGAAGACCCUGGGUGGAAUGGGUUGAGAUCAAUGCCGCGCUAGGACUGGUAGCGCUGUGUCUUCACCGCAUAUCAGAAAAGGUCGGCUUCAGAUUCGAAACGUAUAAGGUCGUGCCUAUGGGAUCAUUCUCGCGUAUCGAGGAAUUGCCACCCUCUAAGAACGUGUAUGAAUUAUAUGCCUCAACCGACCUUUCAGCAGCUCGUCUCCUCCAGAAUAGAAGGUUCAACUAUGCUUUGAUAGGCAUGCUCGACUGCUUGAGACAAUUGAUCUCGUAUGGAAGGUCGAAGAAGAAGGGUUGGGCAUCGGGUGGGCUCGACAUCACCAAGGACAAGAUCGCGGGGCACCCGAUCAAGUUGUCGGCGAACAUGGGCAUGUCAUCAUUAGGAAUUGUUGGGACGGUUCCCGGAACGAGCGUCAUACAAAGCACAGAAGCGGAAGAAUCCUGGACGAAAGCUUUGCGAGCUGUGUUGGCGGUUCUUAAGCGGAUUCUCAUUGUUGAGAGCGAGAUUGACCAUUCGAUGGGGUCAUAG